AUGCCUCCGAUAUCCUCGCAGCGGCGCGCCUUGACCGAAGAGAACUCGUCACUCUCCGAUGAAGAUGUCGGCUUUCUCUAUCAAGUUGUCAGUCGCGCCGAGGGCAAGCCCGAGGUCGAGCGGCUCCCGUUCCGAGCGCUUUUCGCAGCAUACGACGAGGUCAUCAGUGAACAUGGAGUCGAUGCAGAUCCGGGUCAUGCAUGCCUGCGCUUUUUGUUUAAAAUGGGGAGCAAAGAGGUGCAGGGACCAUCGCUCUUCGACAAAUUCGAGAGCGCGCUCCAGCAGAUGGGAAUACUGAUCGAAUUUGGGGAGGACGGCUCCACAGGUCUCAAUGAAACGGCAGAGAAUGAACACUCCCUGGUUGAUGGCACGCUCAGCCAGACAGGCGAUGACAACUACUAUCCCCUUACAAAUGGAACGCCGAUAACACCGCGGCGGCGUGCGUCCUUCAAUACUACACUCGAUAUUGGUGAAGAUGCCACCCAGAAAAGCUUUGCCGAACGCCCGAGCUCACGCGCGUCUAUGUCACGACUCGAGACUGGAAAACCCGAUUUAUCGAAGCUGAGAUUAUCACCGAAACCCAAAGUUGAGAAUCAACGAUCUAAAUCUCCGGAUCGCACACAAUUGAUUGCACAGUUCUUGGACGUUGGUCGGCGGUUGAUAAGCCGAUUUGACUCGGUGCAGCAACCAAAAAAGGCUGAGGAUAAAGAAAUUGCUCCAUUGACCAAUGGUGUUCUCGCGCGCUCAGCUGUCCACCAUGACCGUUCCAAGAGAAUUAUUGCAGCUGCGAAAGACCGUCGCUCGCCUUCAUUGACCUCAUCGGAUACCUCUGGGUCGGGUGAAUCACAAUCUCAGGUGUCGCAGGCGACAGAGCAUGAUUCCGUUGGCAAAGAAAAUGUUCCACCAGAGAUGCUUUAUCGGCCUCAACUUUCAGACCUACUCCGGGACGCGUCAACUUUUAAUAUGUAUAGACAACGAGCCAUUUGCCGCCGGAUCUUGACACAAUGGUUAAAGGGAGCUUUCCAGGCGCGACAAGUUCGCGAAACCAGGGAAUCUGUCGCCCUCAAUCGUGACCGAAGCACCCUGCUCCGGCAGGCUUUCGAGCCAUGGCGAGCAGUCAUUCAGGAGAAGCGCCAUACGGUCAGAACAGAGAGAUUUUUCAAGCAUCUCGAGGAACGCGCCAGUCGUGCUCGAGACUUGUAUCUGAUGACGAAAGCAUUCACUCACUGGGCUCAACUCACAUCCGAAGAAGUAGCCCGGACGUCUGCAGCUCGACGACAUGUGCUGAGUGUCAAGUUUUUUAAUGCCUGGCGGGAGAUUACUGCAGUGAAUGAGCUGAAAGCGCAACGUUUCGCUUUGCAGAGGCCGUUUAAUAAGUGGCGCAAGAAGACCGCAAAUUUGAAGGCGGCAGAGACCCAAGCAGUCACGGUCCAUAAAAAUAAUCUUCGGCAUGUCUCGUAUUGGCAAUGGUUCUGGUCUUUCUGUGAGCGGCGUGCUCCUGAAUGGUAUGAUAGCCAGCUCAAGAGGCGCUCAUUGCUCUACUGGCUGCGGAAUUUCCGCACUAAUCGCGAGCGUGAGCAGGAGAUUGUCCUUCACAACAGGAGAUCGUCACUGGCGGGUGUACUCCAGGCAUGGUCUCAGAAAUCAAAAACCAUUGUUUCUGCGCAGCAAAAGGCUGAAAGCUCUCAACGCCAUCACGUCCUCAAAGCGACAUUUGACGAAUGGAAAAUCCAAGCCCAGCUGGCUCCUGCUGUGUUGCAGGUAACUGACAUGGUGAACGAUCGGAUUCUCCAAAACGCACUCACGAAAUGGAUUAACAAGGCUCGUUUGACCGAGCAAGUGGAAGAGAUGGACCGACUCCGGGUUAAGCGAAAUGCCUGGAUAUCGUGGAAUGAUACGCUUCGAUGUUUGGCACUUCAAGCGCGAAUUGAUGAGCGGCUAAAAAUGGAGACCAUGUACAAAUGGAUCUUGAUGGAAAGGUUCCAGUUGAUGCGCCGGAUACGCGAACAGCGCAUCAAGCGCGAAGUGUUCUCCCGAUUUGUGACGAAUACGCGGGAUACAUACACUCAAUUGCUUUCCCAUGCAGAAGUACACGAAGACCACCGGGCCGAAGACUUGGUGCGCUCCAAACUUGGUAUCUGGCGAGAUCAAUUAUUGCUUCAGCGGGAGCGGGAAUAUGCGGCCUUUGAGUUUUAUGCCCCUCGCCUCGCACAAGAGUCUCUCAUGGCGUGGACAUCCAAGCACCAGCAGAUUGUGAAGAUGGAAGGUUGGGCUCGUGAUGCGCAAUUCUACUUCCUUAUGAAACGGUCAUUGAAGGCCUGGCACCAGGCCACCUUGGUUUCUGCAAAACGACGGCGGAAGGAAGCUUAUUCAAAGAUGCGACGGAAGGUCAAGGUCAACAUGGCUUCUAAAGCCCUUGCUGCUUGGUCAUCCAAGACCCAGGCCAUCACAAACAUGGAGCAACAAGCAGUAGAGCUCGAUCGUUUGAAUCUUCUGAGUGACACGUCGGAGAUUUUUGCUGGGUGGCAUGGGAAGACUCUUAAGCGAGUACAAGAUUACCAAGAAGCUGAUUUCCACUACUUCCGUCAGAUUGCUUUCGAUCAGUUGAUCCAACUAUCGGAGACCUAUGUGAUUCGCCGUGAGAUGGAAGACCAGGCAGACUCGGUGCACCGCAGACAUGUCCUGCAUCAGGCAGGCGCCUCGCUUCGCAAGCUUAGCCUCCGUAUCUUCCAGAUGAGGAGCACGGUAGAGACUGCAGAAGCCAUGCGGGACAGAAAUUUGCGGAAACAUUCCAGAAAUAUCUUCCGCCACUGGGCGGAAGAUGCCCGUCUGAAGCUGGAGGCCCGCGAUUCACCAGGGCCUGCCUUGCCGUCUGCCCAGUACUCGAAUUUCGGAGAGGUGGAGCGCCCUGGAUCUGCCCUGUUCGACCCGUGGUAUCAGAACCCAUCGGAGACUCCCUUCAAGAUGAGCGAUUUCACCACAAAUUCGCUGGAGCCGGUCUCCGCAAGCCCGCUGGCUACGCCAAACUAUAUGACCUCGCCAUCCAAGCGAGCUGCUCGUGCCCGAGCACUCGCGCAGAUGUCCACCACCCCGGCCACACCCUUACAUACUCCGUUCGCGAGCCGACUUCUCCGCGCUGAGGCGUCGGCUCCUCGAACGACAUCUUCCCGCCGAUCCCAAACAGGCCGUCGGGGCAUGACGGGGACCAGCGUCCGGUUUGUGGACGAAGAGCUCCCCGAGUCCCCCACCGAUGGUCGGAAGUCGGCAAAUCGACGACCCUAA